AUGUCUGUUAUUAUGAUUGCUGGCUCACAACAAAAUUUAGUAGAAAGGAAACAUAUCGAUAAAUUAAGAUCAUCCUUGUUUGCUGGUGGUUGUGAAAAAAUAAUAAUAGAAAACAAUAAAUAUCUAUUGAAUUUGUUCAAAUCUCCUUUAGCUACUUACAGUCAAUUUAAAUUGACUGAUGACAUUGAAGAAUCACCUUUCGAUCGUGAAUUUCUCAUGUCAGUUUACAAUAAUACUAAUGAAGGUUCACAAUUAAUAUCAAAAAUCAAAGAACAUAUGAAAGAUAGACAACGUUUAGUACACAAAUCGAUUGAACAACAAGUAAAUGACGCAUUUGCCGCUGUAUUUGCUGUUUAUAUUAAACAUUAUCGUCGAAUUAAUUUAGCUAAACACGAACUAGCUCAAACGGAUAAUAAAAGACCACAUCAUAAACUUUUAUCGCUCUAUGAAUAUGCCAAUCAUGUUCAAACAUUGUUUGCCACAACAAAAGCACAAGGUGGCGACUGUAAUGAACUUUACAAACAAAUAAAAACGAAUGCAUUAUUUCUUUUAUCAUCCGUUCAAUCAGGUAAUUCAGUUCCGAUCAUAAAUGAAGACCUUCUACAAUCAACGACAAGCACACAUAUAAUGACAACAGUAGAAUAUAAAAUAAAACCGUCAUUUAAGCGGCAAGUCUCACGAUGGACAACAGCGAAACGUGUCCUUCAAUUGCUUCGAAAUACAAUGAAUGCUUGUAUACGAUUUAAAAAGUUGAUGUUAGCCAAAAAACAAGCUAUUAGACAAAAAUUAGACAAUGAAAGUAUCUUAAAUCGAACAAUUGAUGCAUAUAUUUAUGGAGAUCCUUACAAAACAAUAACAAGUGAAGAAAAAUCAUUGGAAUCGGACGAACUUAUUCAAUGUAUGUCACGGCAUCACAAUCAAUUAAUUCUUAAUGCACUAUCAACGAACGUAUUGAAAUAUAAUGGUUGGAAACCAUAUGCAUCACAAAUUGAAAUUGAAUCGUUUAGAAGAGGUCGAAUCGGAAGUAAUGAACUUUCAGUUGUUCCAAUGCCAUUGGACAUUAGUGACUUAAGUGUUUUCGAAGAAUGUGGUAAUAAUCAUAAAUUCAAAGGACGAAUUUCUCCAAGUCGUAAAAACACAAAUGGACCAUUUCCAACAUACAUUGUUGAUAAUAUACAAGUAAGUGAAGGUAAAUGGUAUUAUUGUGUUAAAAUACUAGUUAAUAACUAUAUUCAAAUUGGAUGGGCUACAAGUGAAUUUGUACCCCAGCCAGAUGAUGCUCGUGGAAUAGGUGACGACAAAUAUUCAUGGUCAUACGAUGGAUCACGAGGUACACUUUAUAAUAAUGGAGAAUUUCAUUUCACUUCUGAUGAUAUUCGAUGGAAAGAAAAUGAUGUUUGUGGUUGUGGUAUUGAAAUUGAUGGUGAGAAUAUUUGUAUCAAAUAUUGGCUGAAUGGAAACUAUCUUGGUAAAGGUUUUGAACAUCAAUCAAAUAUCGCAUCAACAACAACAAUAUGUAAUAUGUUACCAAAUGGACGGCAAGGUACCAUCUAUUUUCCUGGUGUUUCUUUACAAGUUAGUUCUUAUUCUAGUAGUCGUUGUGAGCUCAUUUUUAGUCCAGAAGACAUGACGGAAUGCCCAUUACCAAAAGGUUACAAACCAUUAUUGAUGCCAAAAUUAAUCAAUGUCGAAAAUUCUAUUGUCGCUUAUCCUUACAGUGCUUAUUUGAUUGAUGAUCAAAUUCAAAAUAACUUUCAUACACAACGAAGUACAACACCGACAACAUUUUUGCGUGAUUUUGUAAGCGAAGAUCAUCUUGAAACAGAAUUUACUAUUGAUAAUAAUCAGCUAGUCCUACCAGAAAAUAGUAAUGGUUUGCCACUUUCGAUCGAUAAUCAUGCGUCAUCAUUGACAAUCAGUUUUGAUUUUAAAACUUUAAAAAAAGUUGAAAACGAUGCUAACACAAAAUUAGAUAUUCUGUUAUUUACACUAGAAACUAUAGAAAUAUUCUCAGUACAAAUCUCAAUAAGCAAAAUAGAAAACGAAAUACGAACUGCAAUCAUAGUCAAUCCGAACGAACAACAAAUGAUAAUUUACUUCAAUAAUGAAUGUCGAAAAUUUCAUAUUGCUUUUGAAACUUCAACAAUGGCGAAACUAAAUUUUCAUAUAUUACCUAAUAUUGCCGUUGGAAUAAAAAAUCUUGGCAUUUGGAAAUAUGCUCUUUCGGAAGAACAUAUUCAGCGUCUAUUUACCUAUGGUUUAUUCUAUGUAGCAAUCGAUUAUCAACAGUUGAAAGAACAUCGAACACAAGCGAACACUAUCACGUUCAGUAAGAAUCAACAACAAUUUUCGAGUCAAUUACUUAUUCCGUUUAAUGAACCAUUCGAAAAGAACAUAUGGGAGAAAAAGAAGAAACAAGUUGACAUUGAUGAAUCCAUAUAUUUUAGAACAAUUGCUGGAACUGAUGAAUCUGUCGUACAAUUAUUUGGAAACAAAACAUAUCUCGUUCUAGAUAAAUCCGCUGAUCAAGGCUGUGAAUAUGCACUUAUUCUCGACAUUUGCAUACCUAAUUGGCCAACGAAUAAUGAACAAUUGACACUAUUGAGAUUGAAUACACAAUCAGAAAUUUAUAUUACACAUAAUGGUAAAAUUGUUCUAUCUAGUAAUGCAAUACAAAACAAAAGUGAUUCAACAUUGAAAUUGAAUGAAUAUUUCCGUUUGCAUAUAUCGUUUCAAAAGAAAGUUGUCAAAAUCUAUGUAAAUGGAAUACUGGAACUAAGUGUCAAUGUCAAUGAGGACCAAUUCAUGGCAAAAGCUAAACGAAUUGAACUGUUUCGAGAAGUGGAUUUAGGAAAGAAUACGACUAAUGAUGAUAGACUUCGAAUUGAAUGUAAAUCGAUCACAUUUUUAAAUGAUUUAAUAGCAGAUGCAGAUAAUCGUGAAGAAAUGAAAUCAACAAAAUAUUCAUUAGAAACUUUGGUUGCACCACCCUUUUCUAUAGUUGCAUUAAAUUUAGUUGCCAUUGGAUAUAAAGAAUCAUGGAUAAAAUACGCUAUGAAAGAAUACAAUACGAGUAAUAUUCAAUGGAUUGAUACAAUUAUACGCGAGAAAAAAGAAGAAUUCAUGAAGAACGAAGCUCAAAAUCGACAAAAACGUUAUUUCAAUAUUUUGUCGAGAUUAAAUCCAUCGAUUGAUAGAGAAAAAAUGGAAGAUCUGCUUGCGUUCUCAAAAUUUGAUACUGACGAACAAGUGACAGCUGCUUAUAAACUCGUGCUACUGCAUUGUCACGAUCUACAGACAUCGAAAUCGUUGUUGAAGACGUAUGAAACGAAAGAAAAUGUACUGAAUUUCAGUGAAAAUGAAACUUCAUUGUCAAGCGAAAAAUGGUACUAUCAAACUAUUCGUGGUUUAGAUGUCAAUGAUCAUCUCGACGAAUGGAUUCAAGGUAAAACAACAAUGAUUCGAGCAGAAGAUCUCACUUGUCAAUUAUUCGAUUUGACAAAAUCUGAACAAGAAUUAACAACAAUGACUUCAUUUGCAGGUAGUCAACAAAAAAAGAUUAAAAAAUCAAUUCAAUAUUCACAUCGACAAAUUUCACAACAAAAAUACAUGAACUUGCGUGUUGCAUGUGAACACGGAUUGACAAUGAUGUAUGCACGUUAUACUGUUUGCAAUAUGUUAAAACUUUGGUCACCUUAUAGUUCAAAUAAAUUUCCAUGGGAAAAAUUUGGUGAUUGUGCACUUAUAACUAGGCUGUUACGUUACUUGAUGCAAGCAAAAAUUUCAAUUUAA